ACCUCUCUUUCGAUUCUCUAUCCUCCCACGCACGAACAGAGGAACGCGCUUUGCAACGCCACCAUGGCGGUUCAUAUCCCGUUUCUCUCGCGCCUUCACAUACGCGAAUACUUCGCCCUGUUGCUGUCCAUUAUUCUCGUUAUUCUCGAAUCCUUCAUUGCGCUCAUAACCCUCAUACUGCCCACGCCCGUCAUAAACUUCUGUUAUCGCGUCACACGUCGCCUCUUCAACCACCUCUCAUCACCCUCUUCGCGCCGAAGCAGGCAACAGAAAAAGGGUGUGUGGAGCUCCAUAGCGAGCGCCUCAGACAUCGGCGAGCUGUGUGAGCUGUACGGAUACUAUGUAGAGGAGCAUGUGGUACAAACCGGCGAUGGUUAUCUGCUUGGACUCCAUAGACUGGGAUGGAGAAGGGGCGAGGAGGACGUGAGGGUGAAUGCUGGCCCAAACAAAGGAGGCGUCCAGAAGAAAGUGGUCUAUCUUCAUCACGGCUUGCUCAUGAAUAGUGAAGUCUGGGUGUGCUUGACCGAGAGCCAGCGCUGCUUGCCUUUUGAACUUGUCGAGCGAGGUUACGAUGUUUGGCUUGGUAACAACCGCGGUAAUAAAUACUCCAAGAAAAGUGUACAUCAUGCCCCCACAUCCAAUGCAUUCUGGAACUUCAGCAUGGAUCAGUUCGCUUUCCACGACAUUCCAGAUUCCAUUGAUUACAUUUUAAGCACAACUCACCAACAAUCCCUGUCCUACGUCGGUUUCUCCCAAGGAACAGCACAAGCUUUUGCUACCCUGUCUAUUCACCCUACUCUGAACGACAAGGUUGAUGUUUUCAUCGCGCUUGCGCCAGCAAUGGCACCACCUGGUCUAACUUCUGGCAUUGUCAAUUCUCUGGUCAAAGCGACUCCGGACAUACUCUUUCUGGCUUUUGGUCGUCGUGCCAUCUUGGCUUCUGCAACCAUGUGGCAAUCUAUCCUUUACCCACCCAUCUUCGUUCGCUUUAUCGAUAUUUCUCUCAAGUUCCUAUUCGGUUGGACGGGCAGCAACAUCACGCCGCACCAGAAGCUUGCUUCCUAUCCCCAUCUCUACUCGUAUACCUCAACAAAGUCUGUCGUUCAUUGGUUCCAAAUCAUACGCAAUGGCGUCUUCCAGAUGUACGAUGACGAGGCACCAAACCCGGUCACUUCAAACCGGUCCAAGUACUACAAGGUCGCGAAGUUCCCCACCAAGAACAUCAAGACACCUAUCGUACUGGUCUACGGCGGUUCAGACAGUCUAGUGGAUAUCAACAUCAUGCUCAGAGAGCUACCUCGCCAUACCAUCGCGAAGGAGAUUCCGCACUAUGAGCAUCUUGACUUUCUCUGGGCAUCCUCGGUUGACCAGCUCGUUUUCCCACACGUAUUUGAAGCAUUAGAAGAGUUCGCCGGGUCCGGCAGUAUGUCUAUAGAACUUCGCAAAGAGAAGAGAUUUCGCUCACCUGGUAGAUACAAAGGUCUCCUUCCUGAAUCCGGGGCCCUACCUGGUCCAGAAGGCGACGACGCAGGUGACGAGAGCUCCUCAACACCAGGUGUUUCAAGAGUGAAGAAGUAUUCGCAGUCCUUACGGAAAACUGCAACUACGCCCGAACCUACCGAGAGCGUUCCCCAACCCCAGUCCCCGUCAGCUAUCAAGUCAAGAAUACCCUAUCCGGCAUCUACCUAUGCGGCAGCUGUGGAUCGCAACCAUUCCCCGUCUCAUUCAACCACUACCUUCCCGCCAGCCGCCGCCAAAGUAUCGAUAUACACACAAGACUCGCCUUCCCAGUCUGCGAUCACGGCACGGAGCUCGACAUCGCGCCCCGAAGGAUGGUGGUCCUCUGACGAGGUCGCGGGUACUGGACACUCUGGCCCACCUACUCCCACCGUCGGCCAGACCAGGCCAAGCCUCGAUCGAGCUAACAGCUUCGAUAGCCAGAAGAGCGGGAAAGUAAGUUUGUUUGAUGGGCGUGGAAUCAGUCUUGGUGUUGGAAAAGCUAUAAGUGGCAUCGUUGAUGGCGAGGGCAAAGGUGAAGCUAGCGGUAGCGGGAGCGAGUUGGAGAGGCGCAAGGGCAAGAAUGGGAAGAAGAAGGGGUCCAAGUAG